ACAUGGAGUCAUGGUGGAUGCUUCUUGUUUCUCUUUCACCUCAGCUGCCUUUCCCUUGCCUACUGGACUCUGGGAGUAGUAGUAGGAGUGUACAUCUCUGUCUCUCUCUCUCUCUCUCUCUCUCUCUCUCUCUCUCUCUCUCUCUCUAUCUCUCUCUCUCUGUUCCUCCAUUUUUCACCACUCUGUUUGCCAGGCAGACAGCACAGCGCAUUAAUUCACUCGUCCCUCCCCAGCUCCCAGCUCCCAUGCCAGCGCAGUAGAUGCUGCGAGCUACCACACCGAAUACCCACCCAUGCUGCACACGAUACGAUUGCAGUCGCGGUCUCGCUGCUGUGGGAGUCCCUCUGCUCUACUGCCGUGAGAGUUGAGACAGCAGACAGACAGCAUGGUGUGGAAGAGCUGGGGCGCUGCGCCAUCGCUGCUGCUGCUGCGCAUUGCUCUGCUCCUCCUCGGCGCUGCGGCGCCACUCUGCUCCGGCGCCGGCGACGUCGCCCUCAGUUUCGCAGCCACCCCGCGCCGCGUCUCCAGGUCCACGUCCGCCGCCUUCGCCUUGCGGGUCCUGCGCGCCACCGGAGGGCCUUGCGCCGACUGCGUCGUUACCUGCCAGGAACAGCAACACUAAGGAUCGGUCGGUCGAUGCUUGCUUGUGUUUGCAUGUCAUGUACGUCCAUGCAGUUGGACGGCGAGGCAGCGUCGCUCUGCGGUGGGACGGCGGCGGCGAGCUAUGCGGGGCUCAGGGACGGCAACCACAGCUUCACGGCGUGCGCGAGCACGACGUCAGCUUCGAACUCGUCGUCCAGCCCCAGCCCCACCCCCACCUGCGCCACCUACGCUUGGGAUGUUGACACUGUCCCCCCGACGGCGUCCGUGUCGGCGGGGCCGGCGUUCACGAGCGCGUCCUCCACCGUGUCGGCGCUCGUCUCCUUCUCCGAGCCCUGCCCCGGCCGCGGUGGAUUCGUCUGCAACGCCACCUACUGCAAUCUCAUCGUGUACGGCUCCGGCAGUGUGGAUCCGUCGACGCUCCAGGUGCUGAGCCCCGGCCUGCGCUACUCCGUGGCCGUCGCCAUCUCGCCGGACGCCGAGUACGGCCGCCUCGUCCUCGUCAUGGGCAGGGGCUUCUGCACGGACGCCGCCGGACACCCGUUCACCAGGACGCCCAACUCCACUUUCACCCUGCGCUUCGAUCGAAGGAGCGACUCCAUGAACAUCACCGCCACCGUUGCCGAGAAGAUGGUGCAGAUACAGGGCGUCACCAGGCUGGUUCAGGCCAGCAACGAGGAAGAGGGCCUGAGGAUAUACCUGGCCUUCGCCCAGCCGGUGCUCAACUCGUCGGAGCAGAUCCUGCGCGCGCUUACAGCGACUGACGCCGUCGCCGUGCACCUCACACCCACCAACAGAAGCACCCUCGGCAACCGCCGCUUCGGCUACGUUGUGAAGAAGAUGUCUGACGCCGCCGCCAUUGUGAGCGUUGCCUGCGACACAAGCUCUAUUAUCAGCAGGCAAGGGACUCCGGUGGUUCCAGCAGAGCCAUUCACGUUUCUUUAUGAUACACAGAGACCUUGGGUUAAGCUCGGCACAUCGACUCGGCGGACCAGCUCACGCGACAUCCUCGUCCUCAUCAAGUUUGCAAAGCCUGUGUUCAACUUCAGCUCCUCGGCAGUGCAGGUGUCUGGGGGCAAUGUGUUGAGCUUUCAUGAAGCCAGUAAGAGCAUAUACACGCUGCAGAUACAGGCCGUCGGUCAGCUGGUAUCGGUUCAGGUAGCUGAGAACGCGGCCAUGGACGUCGCCGGGAACCCCAACCUAGCAUCAGACCGUCUUCAAGUCAGGCACUAUUCUGUGCCCGCGUCAUCUUCUUGGAUCGCGGCGAUCACCACCGUCGUAUUUCUGACAACUGCUGCCGUUGCCGCGCUCCUCACCGUCUCCACGUCGUCUCUCGUCGCUGCCGGAGCUGUCUCGAGGCCCUCUUCCUACAUGAUCUCGGAGCCAUCAAGAAAUGUGCUGAGGAUGGCGUGCCACAUCCAAAUCUUUGCUCUGUCAAGAUGGCUGUCGGCCAACCUGCCGAUCGAGUACUACGAGUUCGCAAAGGGGGUAGAGUGGAGCAUACCCUACAUGCGUCUUCCAUGGGAAGGCCCAGCCGCAGAUCCGUACCUGGGGUACUCCACGAUGCCUGCCAUCGCGUACUCGGAGUCGGAGCUGCUCGACAGGAGCGCCGUCGGCGGCGCUGCAAACAUCUCCUCCUAUCGUCCUCGAGCACAGCAAGGUCAGCCGGUGACGCCAGCGCAGAUCAUCCCGUCGGAUCCGGUAUUCCCGACGGAGAUCCCUGAAGAUGGGAAACCCACACCGCCGGUGCAAACUCCGGGAGGAGACGCCACGCCGCCGGUGAUGCCAGUGCAGACCCCGUUGCCGUUGGACGGGAUGCCGCUGACGGCAAUGGAGUACCGUUCCUUCUUCGAGAACCCGGACAUGAAGCCUGAGGCACAAAUCAUCAUGAAGCUACAAGAUUUGGAUGGGUGGAAGUACUUCGGCAGGAACAUGUUCUGGCUGGGUGUCAUCGGCGGCGGCCUCAUCCUCCUGCACCUCCUCACCCUCCUCUACUUCAAGCUGAGGUACAGAGACAGGGAGCGGCGGCGGCAUGGCUACGCCGCACUGCUUCUCCCCAGGCUGGAGAUCAUGGUCGUCGUCCUGGCGAUGCCGUGCGUCGCCCAAGCGGCGGCGGCGCUCAUCAGGGGCGGGACCACGUGCGGCCUGGUGGUCGGGAUCGUGCUCACCGCCGUCCUGACGUCGGUCCUGGUGGCCCUGCUGCUGUUCCUGUCUCUGGGCAUCACCAUGGGCAAGCUGCUGCAGUACAGGGAGGUGCACCAUGAGGAGGGGCAGGAGGAGUACCACUGGUACCAGGAUCUGGCCCGCCGCACGCUGGGCGCCGGCAAGCGCGGGCAGUGGACGUGGAAGGACCCGCGCCGCGCCGCCUGCCUGCCCAGGCUUGGCCCGCUCUUCGAGGACCUGCGCGGCCCGCCCAAGUACACGCGUGGCGGUGGAGGCGGCAAGCGCCGCGCCGAAGGCGGCGGACCAGAGCGGCGGGUCAUCGCGUCGGAGGACGAGAACGAGGGGUCGAGGGCGCCCUUGGUGCAGCAGCUCCUCGGCGUGCUCCGCAUCUACUUGACGCUGCUGGAGUCGGUGAAGCGCGUGGCGGUGGGCAUCGUGGCCGGCGCGCACGCGUCGUCGGGGCGGUCGUCCCGCGCGCACGCCGUGGCGGUGCUGUCCGUCGCCUCGUUCCAGCUCCUGUUCAUGCUGCUCGGGAAGCCCUUCGUCAAGAAGCGGGUGCAGCUGGUGGAGACCCUGUCGGUGGCCAGCGAGGUGGCCGUGUUCGCGGCGUGCCUGGCGCUCAUCGACAGGACGGCAUCGAGUGGCGGGUGGCUGCCCGACGGCGAGGCGCGCGGCGUGGGGCUGGCGAUGCUGGGCGCCUUCGUGCUGGGGUUCGCGGCGCAGGUGUGCAACGAGUGGAACGCGCUGUACCGGCAGGCGCGGCUGCUGAGCGCCGACCGGAGCUCCUUCCUGGACGGCGCCAAGACAGCGGGCCUGGGCCUGCUCGUGCUGGUGCUGCCGUCGUCUGCGCUCGGCGACCACCGGGAUCCGCCACCUCCCGACGGCGGUGGAGGAGCCGGGGAGAGCGUGUCAGCGUCGACGGCGGCCGACGGGGGCAGGGGCGGGAGCUCCAACAACGAGCGGUGGUGGCUUGGGCAGCUGUGGGAGAUGGCGAAGGCUAGCUUCAGCAAGGAGAGUAAUGCGUAAGAAUGUGUUUGGUACUGUAUCUCGGAACAUGUAACAUCAGAAAUCAGCAUUAAACGAUUAGAAUGACAGCGCUCGAGCUCAAGAAAAUGAUUCUUUUUUUUUGGUACC